UUGUCGGAGAAAGCCGCGUGGCGUUUUGUUCGAAUACUGGGUUUAUCUGGAGAGUUCAGAGCUGGGUUGUGUUGCUCCCUAGUUUGAGCCCAUUUCCAGACCUCCCACAGUUGAUCAUUGGUUGUGCACCAGACCCAGAAGCCGUUUCUGACGUUGAGUGUUACCCAGAGUACGCUGUGUCUGUGUGACAGGGAUGGUUUGAGUCAGAGGAUCUGAGAGCUCUUUGGCGUCAUGGAUCCGUUCAGCCUUGUUUGCGGACACAAGAGCAACCUCCAACUCCUCAAGCCUGCACUACGCGCGUAUGCACUGGGAUAUCUCUCCUCGACUACUCCGAAAGUCAUAUCCAGCUUACGGUGUCUUCGGAGGAACAACCUGAGCUAUAAGGAGAAACUUCAAGAGAUUGGCCGUGCUUUAACGUGCGCAAUACGCCUAAAUAGCUUUCCUUCUUUCUGUGCUUUAUUGGUUGGAGGUUCGACAAUCUCCCCCAUUCUAUUUUUCCGUCUAUGUGAGCUGGUGGCCCGUACGCUUGGCUUUAAAGCAAAUGUCUUGAAAUCGCACGGCCUUGUACGAUUCAUCCGCCUUGCCACUGCAUUUUUAUCAUCUCUAUUGAGUUUACAACUUCUAAACCAGAAGCCUAUCAGAUUGCAGACAACCACUCGCAAUGUAAGCGAUGAUGCACAAAGCAACGGGAAAACACAAGAUCCUCGUGAAUUUGCGGGUAGGACAAUGGACCUUACCCUUUUCACUCUCACAAGAGCUGCCGACGCCCUGGUUUGUCUGGCAUGGUCGACCUGGUGUCGUCGUCGUAAAGCCCAAGGUCGCUUGACGUGGGCAGAGACUAUUGCUCCUCAGUUAGCAGACGCAGGGGCUUUCGCUGCGAGUUCUGCAAUCGUGAUGUGGGCAUGGUUUUAUCUUCCGGAAAGAUUACCCAGGUCUUACGGGAAAUGGAUUGGAGAUAUAGCUAAAGUGGACUCUCGUUUAAUUGAGGCCCUUCGUCGCGUACGGAGAGGGCAAUUUGUGUAUGGAAAGGACACGGGCCAAGCGCCCCUUCUUGAAUCUAUGUGCAGGGACUAUGGUUGGCCACUGGAAUGGGGCAGCCCAGAGAAAACAAUCCCCAUUCCUUGCGAGAUGGUGCACAUGGAUUGUGGUCCGAAUUGCGAGUUUCAUGCUUUUAUGCGUUUUGCUAAAACUCUCAAAGUUGCCUGUGCAACUUACAUUCCACUCCAACUUGUCUUUCGUUUCCGGGCUUUGAAGUCCCGGCAGUCUCUCAUCGGGGCACUCACCGAUGCUUUGCGCUCAUCUGCGUUUCUUUCUGCAUUCGUUACGCUCUUUUACUACUCUGUCUGUCUCGCUCGAACCAGGCUCGGACCAAAACUCUUCGAUCUGAAAACUGUCACGCGGCAGAUGUGGGAUUCGGGACUCUGCGUUGGUGCUGGAUGUGUGAUGUGUGGCUGGAGCAUACUCGUUGAGAAGCCGCGAAAGAGACAGGAACUUGCAUUGUUCGUGACUCCCAGGGCUGCAGCAUCUGUGCUGCCACGGGUAUAUCCCAAAAAGGUAUGAUUGAUUAAUUCCGGC